UAGUGGUGAUUACGUUUCAGUAUUGUGUGCAUUAUUAAGCUUGAGUUACUAUUAAUCUCUCUGAUGGGAGACAUUUUGAUGUGUAACUUUAGCUAUGAAAAGCCUAGAAUAAACUAUUGAUUCUUCGAGAUGGCUUACACGAGAUAAUUGCACUAGAUGAAAACAAAAUGUAAUUAGAUAUCUUAUAAAACACGUGGGCUGAUAAGAAAUAGUGUCAAAUAGCGUCUUUCUUGGAUCACAUAAUGGAUUGGAGAGAUUUGACAUACUAUGCUGCUGAUGUAACAAUGCAUUCGAUUGGAUGAAAUCGCCGACGAGGAUUAAUGAGACCGUCCGGAACCAGCCGAGAUUGAGUAUGGCUAACUGCACAGUGGUGCCCGCCAGGUCGACAAGGAUACCAGUGGCGUCGACCACAGGCAAAGGCGCGUCACCGUCUCCAGUGAGAGCGGCGCACAAGGGGGAUAGGAAGUCGAUGCACACGGUGAUCGCUGUCACGCCGAAAAAGUGCAUCGACGCGAACAGUAACCGGAACCUGGCGUCUACAGCGGAGAUUAUUCCGCCGUGCAAGACCGACCCGAGCAGGGAAGAGUGGGAGAACAAGGAUAACGAUGAGGCUGCGCGAAGUGGUGAGGAAUACGGCGUGGAAAACUCUGAGGAGAACCGCAAGAGAAGCAACGUGGGCAUCGAGCUGAUCUCCCUGGAGAAGUCCAUUCACAAAUCCCUAGAGAAGUCCAUUAACAAAUCCCUGGAGAGGUCGCUCGAAAGCCAGGCGUCCUUACAGUCUUCGACGCAUUCUUCCUCCUCUCUGUCCACUGUGGCGACAACGUCCUCUUCCUCCCAGUCAUCGGCAUACUCGUCCUCAAACACUGACCGCCACUGGGCGGCUGGGCGCCACCUCAACCAGAGCACCAGCAGUGAGAGCAGCAGCAGCCCCGGUGCGGGAGGGGCGACGUUCGAUAGCAGCGCCAGCAGCUGCAGCACCACCAACACCGCCACGGAUAGCACGGCGGUGGCCGCCAUUGUGGAUAACGUCGUGGGCGGCGUCAAGAUCUUACCGAGUGGGAGCAAUGGAUUAACUGCUCAAAUCGCUGAGGGAAAAUCAAAAGUCGGAAUCUACACGGACUGGGCCAAUCACUACCUGGACAAGGCCCGCAACAAGCGGCAUAUCGUUGACCUACAGAAUGAUGUGGCGGACGGUGUGUUGCUGGCCGAGGUGAUAGAAGCAGUCACCGGUGAGAAGAUCAAAGACAUACGACCGAAACCAAAGAACUCGGCUCAAAUGGUUGAAAACAUCAACACAAGUUUGACCUUCUUGGCCGGUCUAGGAGUCAGCGUAGAGGGAGUGAGCGCCAAAGAUAUCAAAGAUGGCAACCUCAAAUCUAUACUAGGGCUCUUCUUUAGCCUGUCACGGUACAAACAACAUCAAAAGACUUUACAACAGCAGAAGCAGCAGCAGCAACAGCAGCAACAGAAGCUGCACCAGAGACAGCCAGGGGAACAACAGCAACUACAGCAGCAGCCGCGCGUCACAGUGCCUUUAUCAGCGCCAUCUGGCGACAGCAAUAUCAAUGCCAGCGGAAGUGGCUCCGCGCCGCCCGGAAGUAAAAUUUUGGCCAACGGCGGUGAGACGACAUCAAGCAGACUUCCCUCCCCGUUCAAACAGACCGGUAAACCUACAGCCCCUUUAGCAGUCCAGACAUCUCCGGCGCCUUCAUCGUCCGCGCCGCCCUCCUCGUCCACAUCAGCGUCCCUCCCGGCGCCCUCCAAGGACAAUGUCAACCUGGGCGGAGGCGGCGCCCUCAUAACACGAAGCGGAAGCGGCAGGUCCGGGUGCCCGGCCACAGGCUCUGCUGAGAAAGGGCGGCUGCACCAGAACCAGCAGCCACAGGGAGCACUCUCCCUUGGCGCGGAUAAUCAAAUAACUUGUGGGAUUACUAAUAACAACAACAACAGCAACCAAAAUUCCAAUGCAGGGUCUUCGUCUUUGAUCCCGUUACGGUCUGGUAAUUCCAACACUGGCGGGUCAGUUCGUGCCACAUCACCUGCUGCCCAACCCUCAGGCAUCCCCACGCCGAUCGGCCGGGGCAUCCCCACAUCUCGGAGCCAGACCCUCGCGGACAAGCAGUCGAACCGGACCAGCGCGGGCUCCACCACAUCGACCUCCUCGUCCAAGAGUAACAACUCUUCCAAGCCGCCGUCCAGCAACAAAAAUUCAAUGUUGGACAAGUUCAAAUUCUUCAAGGACAAAGACAAGGACAAGGAGAAAGACAAAAACAAAGGGGUGGUGAAGAGCACGUCCAAGAACAGCAGCACCAGCACCAGCACCACCAGCAGUAGCUCCAGAAGUGACAGUGACUCCAGAACGAGCAGUGAUCCCUCAAAGUCCUCGUCUUUUACCAGUAGCCAGAGUUCCAGCUCUGGGGAUCAGGGCGUACCCAACUUGCUUGGUGCCGCCUGUGCUUCACCUGCCAGCAAUCCAGGCACGCCUUCUAAAAGCUCGAGCAAGUCGGGAAAAAAGUCCUUGGUGAAAGCUUUCAGUUCUAAAAAAGAGGCACCAGACACAGUUCCUCCUCCUAUACCUAGUGCUGUAGGGUUAGGACCUCCAACAGGUGGUCCUUAUCCUCAACAGACACAGGCAAGUAAUGGGUCACAGAAGAACGUGUCUCCUGGUCAAAGUAGGAAGUCUGGAUCAAAAUCAGAAAGAUCAGAGUCUCGUCAGCCUCAGCCUGAUCCUAGGCUAGCGACCGCCAGUCCUACGCCAUCGAAGAAAGCUUCUAAACUAGGGAGUCUUACGGGUAUUCCCAAAACUCAGUCAUCAACAUCAUCUAGUAAAUCCUCCAAAGGCUCAUCACCAUCUGCCACAGUUGCGAUUCCACUAUCUACAUCGUUAUCAUCAAUUCCGGCAUCUUCUGGGAUCCCUAAGCCCAGUAAGUCGUCAGGAAAGCUCUCGAAAGAGGACAAAGCUCGAGCUGCAGCUGCAAGCAAAGAAUAUAACAAAACUCUUUACAAAGAUUUACCUGGAGUAAAUGUGCCAAAGACAUUCGGUUCUAGCUCCAGCUCCAAAUCAUCGUCACUUUCAUCCUCCCAAAUGCAACAACUUCAACAGCAACAACAACAGCAAAUACCACAACAGCAACUUCAACAACAAGCAUAUCAGCAAUCUCAGCAGCAGCAGGCGUAUCAACAGCAGCAGGCCUAUCACAUGAGGCAACAGCAUUAUUCCCAACAGGCUGCAUACGCCAUGCAGCAACAGCAGCAGCAGCAAUAUCAGGGAUACCAACAGCAUUAUCCAGGCAUGAGCCAGGGGUCAUCCAUUUCUGAAAGCCCUUACAGUUUGUCUCAUGGAUACACUCCACCUUACGCGCACAAUCCUGGCUAUGCCACACCAACUCGUGUUCCAACUAGUCCUCUGGUACAAAACGUCCACCCAAGGGUGAACAUCCAGAACGUAGAGCGCCUCCAGCAGCAACAACAACAGCAGCAGCAAAACCAAUCUGUUGAGCAGACCAGUGCCUUUAUACCGUCCCAAUCUAGAGGAAUGAACCAAGCAUCCCAUUACGUGCCAGUCACCAUCCCUGCCGUCAAUAUGGAUACGCAUCCGGCAAAUGCUUCAUCCUCAGGAAGAUCGAUGAAACAGACUCUUCCCCAAAGCCCGAUGAUGAGUCCCAAUUUGAGCCGACACAACCCGUCGGUCAAUGUAGUAAAACCAACAAUGUCUACAUCCACGCCCACUACCUCAGUGCAAAAGUCGAACAAAUCCGACAGUAACACGCAAACGAACUUGUCCGUGCUCCACAGGUCAGCCACUCCUAAACAAUCUUUAACACCAGAUUCCAGCAGCAGAAUUAACUUAGCUGAAUGCUCUCCGAUCUCAUCCACAAGGCUUACUUCCGCCCCUUCGUCUCCUUCCAUGUCCCACAAACUAAAUAAAUCUGCCGCCGAUAAACUAGAAAGAUCUCAAGAUAGCCCAACGAUAAACUCAAGCCCCAAAUGUUCCACCCCAGACAACGACCUCGAAAAGCCGAACAAGGUCACUUCCAGCAGGGAGAACCUUCUCAGCGCUAAAUCAGAGUCUGACCCGCCUCCCAUGUCAGGGAUGGCCAAGCCAAGCAUGAAGGAUACUUCCAGCGCUGCACUGGACAAGCCACUGACCACUUCAAGCACUAGCUCCCCGAAGCUUGGCGUCAAGAUGUUGGGCUCGCACAUCACCAAGAACGCCAGUAAUGUCGCUGUCGUUCAGCCGCGCCCGGGGGAAAAGAUGGAGACGACUUUUGACGCCGAGGUCCGCACGGAAACAAUUCACAAGCUGAACUCCGACACUGAAAAAACUCUGUCCGCUAAAGAAACGACUUUCCUGACUCCCGAUAAGGACGAGAAGACAUUGUUUGUGGAUGAUUCCGGGGAAGCUAUGGAUAUUAAACCUAUGCCUCCCAUUAUGAGAGCUUUGCCUUAUGGAUAUUUCCGUGGAUAUACUGGAUAUGGUGGAUUUAACAACAGAAAUUUCCAUAUUCCAGGUAUCUCAGUCCCAACAACGGCGAUGUACGCCACCAGGACGGCUAGCGCCCAUGGCCUGGGGAUGCCGCGCCCCUUGGUGGAGCCAGGUCAGACCAAGUUCUACUCUGGGCAGAUUAAGAGGACGGGGUCCACCAACGGUCCAACGUCCGCCUCCAGCGAUGCUGACUACGCCUCUGAGUCGGACACCUACGACUAUGUCUCCGGCUACAUGUCGGACGGGGACAUCCUCAAGAACAACCGGAACAACGGCUGCAGCAGCGGCGACGAGUGGACCAGCGGCUAUCUGAGCGAGGGCGGCGCCUCCCUCUACGCCCGCCGGCUGCAGCAGAGGUUCCGCGAGGGCAUGCAGGCGGUCAGGGAGUGCAUGCAGAAGAGUAGCGGCAUCAUGGACGAUGACAGACUUUUCAGGCGAAGAACGGUUCGUUUUGACGACAGCAGUUCCAUUAGCAGCGGAGAGAUAAGUGACACCAUUGCUGAGAUUAGCACUGACGAGAACCUGACGGGCUCAUCCCAGGGCCACCUCUCUGACAACCCUUACAACAGCCUCAAACGGGCCCCUAAAGACAUACUCAGUGGAUUUAACAAUGGCGGCGGAGGCCCGUGUGGGCUGCCGUUCUCUCAGUCAGGACUGGUGGGCAAGAGGGUGCCCAAUUUGGGCACCAGCGCUUUCAUGGGUACAGAUUACAAUGGAGAGCCGCCUGGCCCCUGGGGUCGCGCCUACUCUUUGACUCAGCCAGGGAAGUACCUUAGCAAUGAUCCUAACAAGCUUCUGAGUAGCGACCCCAGCGACUACGGCUACGGCUAUGGCUGGCCGUCGUCCAGAAGCGAUGGCGGAUACAGCUCCCUCAGGAAGAUGUCCAGCGGCAGCAACCCGGACUACGCUUAUCACUCCGAGGGUGACUACGAGUCCCCGCACCGGCCGUACUCCCCUGGCCCGGGUGUAAAGAAAGACACUGAGACAAACACAGACCAGUCGCACCUAAUGGAGGCUAGUAUGAGGCGCCUUCAGGCGGGCCGAGGCGGCGGCAGUUCAAAUAACGUCCCUAGCAGCAAUGGUGCUGGUACCCAGUUUGGGUAUAGGCGUCCUCUCAGCAACGCCAGCAAUUCUUCUAACGGAAGCAGCAAGGGAUCAGCGACCAAGGGUCAAGGCUCAACCACUGUGGGAUGCCGCUUGGCGAAACAUGGCGUUGACACGGGGCAGCUCUCCAUGCAGGAUCUCAUGCUGCCCAGACCGGCCAGUGCCUCGGGGAAGCCCAUGAACCCCGACGUAGCCAUGAUGGAAGGGUUCAGCUCCUCCACGCUUGACCGUAAGAAGAAAAAUGGUGGUAUAUCCCCGAGCAAAUCUACCGGAUGUACUCAAACAGAUCGCGACUUUCAGUCCAAUUCCCUCGGACGUCGUCGCCUUUUUGGCAGCAAAAAUAGUUUAAGCAAAUCCCCCAACGGGGACCAGUCCAGCCCUGGUCAGCUGAUGGUGGGAGGAACAAUAAUCUCCAAUCCGCAUGCCACCUACGGGCGCGAGCUUCACACUAGCCACUAUGUGAAUUUACAGGAGCUUCACUCUCGGAUACCUGGAUCCAACUACGUUCCUCUAGAGUUCGCCUCCAGUCCCAGAAACUCAAGCCUCGGAAGCCCCUCUGUGGGCCCUGCAAGUGUUCGUAGAGCCUCUGCCUCUGCCUUGGGCUACUCAUUCUUUAGUGACAGUUCCUUUCUGUCCUCUGUGCACGGGUCCAACUUGUCCCUGGUGUCCAGCUCAUCGUCCUUGUAUUCUUCAGCUGAAGAAAAACACGCCCAUGAGGUGAGGAAAUUAAAGAGAGACCUGCUCAUUGCCCAGGAGAAGGUCCAGACACUGACCAAUCAGUUGUGCACUAAUGCCCAUGUUGUCUCCGCCUUUGAACAGUCAUUGUCCAACAUGACAGCACGCCUCCAGUCUCUGACGACCAAUGCAGAGCAUAAGGCAAACCUGCCGGAUAAUGAGCUGCAUGAGUUGAGGAUGACCAUUGAAGCUCUGAAGCGACAGAGUAAGAUGACCAUGCAGGAGCCGCUGAUGAGUCCUACCUCCUCAAGAAGACACACUUCCCCUGCAAUGAAGGACCUCCACCUGACAGCAGGUGAUGCACGCAUAGCUCGCCAGAUGUCCUCAGACAGUGUGUCCAGCAUCAACAGCCUGUCCAGUGCCUGCAGCAUGACCAGUCAGCAGUCUGCUCACACGGACAGUGAAGCAAACAAGAGAAAUGCCAAACAAGCUAAAAAGAAAGGAUGGUUGAGGAGUUCGUUCAGCAAGGCAUUUUCACGCAAGAAAGGAAAAACUGGAUCAUUAUCUGAUGUGGAGCCAGACUCUCACAGUUUGAGAUCCAACGCCUCUGCUCCCAACUCUCCUCUUAUGCAGCUGGGACAUCUUGGAGCCCCAUCCAUGAAAGGUUCUCAUUCUUCAGGAGCCCUGUGUGACAAUGAUGUGAAUGCACUCAAACAAGCUCUGAGAGAUAAAGACAUGAAGCUGACAGAUAUCAGACUUGAGGCUUUAAGCUCAGCUCACCAGCUGGAGCAACUCAGAGAAACAAUGACCAAGAUGAAGAAUGAAAUGAGUGCCUUGAAAGCUGACAAUGACCGGUUACACAAAAUGAUGUCCACAUCUCAGUCUUCCCGGACAUUGAACAUGUCCCAUGGCUCAAUGUCUCCACACCACUCUAGAACCAGUACAGAUUCACUGGACCGGUCAUUCAGCAUGACUGAUCACAGUAGUUUAGAUAUUUUAUUGGCUGAAACUGCAGCCAAUGAAAGAGAGGGAAAACGUGUCACUAUAUCAGUGGUCUUAGGUUCAAAUCCCGAUCCCACUCGGACAGGCAUAGAUAAACCAGCAGAAAUUUUGAUUGGUGCACUGUCAGUUAGUGGAAAAACCAAGUGGGACAUGCUGGACAAUGUGAUAAGAAAAAUGUUCAAGGAAUAUGUUUUACGUGUUGACCCAGUGACUAACCUAGGACUGAGCGCUGAAAGUGUCUACUCCUAUGUGGUAGGUGAGGUGACAAGAACCAAAGAUUCAGAGCUGCCUGAGUUGCUGCCCAUCGGUUACCUAGUAGGGGACACAACACAGAUAGAGAUAUGUCUUAAAGGCACAAAGCAGUCAUGUGUGGACUCUCUAGCCUUUGAAACAAUGAUUCCUAAAACCAUAAUGCAGCGCUACGUCUCUCUACUGUUGGAGCACAGAAGAAUCAUUCUGUGUGGACCAAGUGGAACAGGAAAGACAUAUCUGGCCCAGAAACUGGCUGAGCAUGUUGUACUUAGAUCUGGUCGAGACUUGACAGCAGGCUCUGUGGCUACAUUUAAUGUUGACCACAAAUCAGCUAAAGAAUUGAGACAGUACCUGGCCAACAUUGCUGACCAGUGUGAGAACACCAAUGUGAAUGCACUGCCCUCGGCUAUAAUACUAGACAAUCUUCAUCACGUCACAUCCCUUGCUGAUGUGUUCAAUGGUUUCCUUAGUGUGAAGUAUCAGAAAUGUCCUUACAUUAUUGGCACCAUGAGUCAGUCUUCUUGCUCAACAACUAACUUGCAACUUCAUCACAACUUCAGGUUUGUCUUGUGUGCCAACCACAUGGAGGUCAAAGGUUUCCUUGGCAGAUUCCUGCGUCGUAAGCUGGUAGAGGCUGAGAUCAGGACAGGUGUCAGAAACAAUGACCUCAACAGGGUAAUGGAUUGGAUCCCUAAAGUAUGGGCACAUCUUAACAAAGCUCUUGAGUCUCACAGCUCAGCAGAUGUUACUAUAGGUCCAAGAUUGUUUAUGUCAUGCCCUAUGGAUAUUGGAGGUUCUCAAGUUUGGUUUACAGACCUCUGGAACUACACAUUAGUGGAAACAGUUAGAGAGGGACUACAGGUAUAUGGAUGUCGAAGUGCUUGGGAGGACCCCACUGAUUGGGUAUUGGAAACAUACCCAUGGCCCAACAGGGGGUCAGGAAACAGCCUAAUGCACAUCCGGGCAGAUGACUUAGGAUAUGAACAGCAGACUCCUCUAUCUCCAACUUUGACAGGAAAAUUGAAAUCUCCUUUGAGUGAUGGCAAAGAUGGAGACCCAUUGGUAAAUAUGUUAAUGAGGCUACAGGAGGCAGCUGGGACAUAUAAUGCCAACAAUAGCAGCAGCCUCAACCCUCACAGUAAUAAUGACAGUGACAGUGCUGACAGCCACAACAGCAUGCAGGACUUUUCCUCUAGCUCAGGUGUUGAAUCAAGGCUUUGAACAUGUCCGCAUCAUCACUUCACCACUGGCAUGGGCUUUCACUGAAGAGGACAGAUCAGAAAAAAAGAAGCUAUUAAUUUGUUGUUUUUUUUGUUACUAGCGAGUAGCCUAUCACUGCAUUCAAUUCAUUCAAUCUGUUUACUUUUGACAAAAUGUGUAUGUAAUCACAAGAUAAGUAAAUAGUAAGUGUAAUCUCUUGUCUAAGUUUUUUUUAAACAAUCAUCUUGUGGGUUUCAAAAUACAUUAUUAGAUGGAAGCUUCAAAAUGGGAAUAAACUCUAAGUACUACUGAGGCUUAGGCUUCUAAAAUAGUUGACAGAACUUCACUGGAUUAUUCAGUUGUUGGAAUAUUUUAAAAAAGGACUACACUUGGUUAUAGACUACUACAUAUUUUAAAGUUUGGAAUUUACAGUGUAGUUUUAGUGUAGUAUCUAUUUUAAGUUGAAGAUUUUUUUCUUAUAAAUUAAUAUACUUUUAGUGUUACAUGUAAUUGGAAUUGCAAUUUCAAUCAGUCUUUUUUUUUAGUUGAAACUAUGAGUAUUUUUAUAAAUAUUCUGUGAAUUUAUUUAUUAACUAUUUGAUCACUCAAUUACUUUAUUUUAAAUCAGAAACUAAAUUAGACAAAUAGUAGUUACAUUUUUUAAAGCAUCUUAAUUUUUUAUCCUAUACAAUCUGAUAAAAAAAGAAUGUUUUUUUUUUUAAAUCCAGAACUUUCAUUUAUUAUGAAUUUAUUUUUUAUUACUAAAAAUUUUUAAUUAAACUCCAACUUUUUUAUUUAGUUGUAGUCAUCACUGUAACCAUAUGUAAUUUAAAGUUGUUAUUUUAACACAACGGGACUAAUUUGUUUUAAAAAUAAAAGAAUAAAUGAAAUAGAGGCGUAUAGGUUUUGUCUCCACCAGGCCAUGGGUUUAGGACUAUCAACACCAUAGUCCUGCAUAAUAUCCUUGUUUGUCACUUUUCUGUGAGAGGUCUGACCAUGGAUGUAAUAUUCUUCAUAUCUGAAUGUGAAGUUUAGAAAAAAAAGAAAGCUGUCACCAGUUAUUAUAAUUAGUUAUGUAUCAGCAUAAAAUAAGAACAAAAAAAAACCAGUUGCCUCUUUGCAUUAGAAGUUUUCAUCCUCAGUAAAAAUGAUGUGAGGCAUAUUUUGUAGAAAGACUUCACAAGGUAGUUAAGACAAACUCUAUUAACCCUCUUAAAGGGUUACACUUCUUAACAGCUUAUUCUGAAAGUACCAUUUUUUCUGGCAGCGUUAGUUUUAGCAAAUAAUAUUAAGCCUUGUUGAGUUGAGAAUUAAAUAAUAUUGUAUUUUUUACAAAUAGAGAUAAUAGACAAUGCAAGACACUUUUUUCAAUCUAGUGAAAAACUUUUUUUUUCAAGACUUACAAAUUACAUAUUGUUGUACUGUAUGUACAUAGAUCUAUAUAUAAAACAUUAUGGGAUCUAUCUAUGUUGUGUUUCUCAUCUUGUGAUGUGCCAAAGUUGACAAUAUUCUCAAUAUAUUUAUAUCUGUUGUGUCUUGGAUUAAAUAUAAUGAUACUAAUUACAAUCAUUUUGAUAGUAAAAAAAAAUGUAAAAUGAAACACAAAUGUUAUUUGUUCUGUUUGGAAAUUGAUUAAUCUUUUUGUUUUAAAUUGUUCCAUAAAGUAAAUUCUACUUUUAAAACAUUGUUAAACAAGUUCUUUGCCCUCCCCUUUUCACGCCGUAUUUUCUAAAGCUUUGUUUAAACAGAAAUUAACUCUUAAUAAAUAUUUCAAUUUAAAUUGUAUUAAUGUUUGUGUGUUUUUUUUCUAUUUCAUUUGAUUACAUGAACUAUUUAAGCCAUAUCUGUGGUUGGUUCCUAGACCUAAGGUCAAAGUGCAAUCUCAUUUAUUUUUGUUUGUAUUAUAAGAGUUUUUUUAUUAUUUAUUAAUGUACCAAUUUUUUUUAAUUUCUUGUGUUUUCAAAUAAUGUGUUCAAAUAAGAAGGAACAAGUUGAUGUCUUGUAUAAUAGCUUGAAGGCUUCCAUACAUUCUUGGAAUGCAUUUGAUUAAAUAUAGAAUACUUUUUUAAUAAGUAACAUUCAUAAGGUUAUGUAUUCACUUGAUAAUAAUUAUCUCUGUGCUAUAUCAUUUUAACUUGUAAGUCAUCAGCAGUUAUUCAUAUUUUAUUAUCUCCAUUUCUGACAUAACUUUCAACAACAAUAACCUUCGUGUGCAGGGAAGGGAUAGAGAGACAUUUAUCAGUUCAUUCUUAAGCGUGUGGCUCCUAAAAUAUAUAACAUAUGUAUUGCUCAUGAAUCAGGUCAAAAAAGGGCUGAAAAAAAAAUGGAAAUGUAAAAUAUUCAACAAUAUGUCAUAAAUGACAUAAGAAACAACAUACAUAUUCAUAUUGCUUUACUCAUUUCAUUAUUGCCAUUGUAAGCAAUAACAAAAUUGAAUUUAUAUGCCUUUAAAAACAUUCAUUUGUUCUUUUGUUUCUUAAGCAAAAUCUACAUAAUAAAUUGCAAUAUUCUUAUAUAAUAGAACAUUUAUUUGAUUUUAUAAAUUCUAUUCAUUUUUUAUUAAAGGAGAUAACUAUAAAUAUCAUUUCUUAAUAUAAAUUUCAAUAUUAAAUUGUACAAAACUAAAACUGUUUAUAUUUUCUUUAACUGCAUUUUGUUAUGUUGUCAAAUUAUUUGUGUGUCCACUUGUGUUAUAUGUUGUUAUUGCUGUAAAUAAUUUUAACUGCCUUCAGCCUUAAGUUGUAUUUUUUUGUGCAUUUUUUAUUUCAUUUUUUUUUUAUUCUGUGUGAAUUGUGUGUGUUUGCAUUGGUAUGAUUUCUGACUUUUUAAAUUUGCCUUUUUUUCACAAAACUAUUAUUUUAUCCAGACUUUGAAUGCAAACUAUCAUAAAAUAAUACUCACAAUUAGUUCAAUCUAUUUUGCUAUAACAAUGAGCAUUCAUAUCAUCAUUUAAUAUCUCAUCCUUAAUAUGGUAGUUUUCUUAUCAUUUAUAUAUAUUUACAAAUAAAUAGCCACAUUAUGAUAAUUUUCAUCCCAUUAAAAACCAUAUUUUGUUAUAAUUAACAUAAUAUACAAUAUUCUAUGAUCAUGAAUGUAGUUGACUGUUCUAGAUAAUCUUAUAGGCUAGUUAUGAACAUUGGUGAUAUUAGGCAUUCGAAUGUAGUCCCUAUGUAGCCCCGUGGUGUAGAUUACUCUGUGCAGCUAAUAAAUCUCAUUGGUUUAAGUGAUCACUUCAUGUUGACCCACUGGUGGCAUUGAAAUAAAUUUUGAACUGCUGAAACUGUCUCUAGUUAGUUGUGAACAGACUUGUACCAAGCAUUUCACAUGCACAUAUUUUUAGUUCUAUCAUCAAUGCUGCAGAGCUGUGUGGAUAGUCUGCAGCUGACAUUCAUGUCUAUAUCAGAGUUUCAUACAAUAAGAUUUCUUCCAACUUCUGUGUCAUUCAAAUCUAUUUUACAUCUACUAACAAUAUUAGUUUUACUUUUUUUUUUAGUAAGAGUGAAAAUAGGUAUGCAUAUUUUAACAUAAUUUUAUUCAUUCAUCCAUUUUUAUUUUUGGAUUGAAAGAGAAAGGUUAUAAGAGCUUUUUCUAGCAUACUGUUAUAUUAGUUAGCCAGCUUUGGCUGCCUGGUUAUGCAGUAAGCACUCAGGACUGUUGUCUCAGUGGUCCUGGGUUUAAACCAUGCCCAUCACUAUCCCCUUUCAUCCAUUGAAAAGAUUGGGCUAGGAUGUAAUAAUCUUUAACUCUUAAGGAACAUCAGAAACACGAAGAACAAAAAGUAUGUUAGAAAUUUGACUAGGCGAUAAAUUAGCAUUACCUUCAUUUAUAUGAUUAGGACAUCAGUAAAAAAAAAAAAAAAAAGACCAUUUAUACAUAAUUUUUAAAAACAAAAAAAAAUAGUCAUAAUUCUUUGAUAUAAAAUCAUUUACAACUUAACUUAACAACUUUAUUAGAAAUUAUGAUUUCCUAAAAGAAAUUACUAAACUAUCCAAACAUGCAAUUUUUUUUGUUUAAUUUCAUUCAUCCUUAAAUCACUCAGACAACAUUGUCCAUUAAGUAUUGAAUUCAUACUGUAUUGAGAUGUCUCUAUACCCUUAGCUUUUAUAUACAUGUAUCCCUUAGCUCCCCAGGUUAAGGGAUACUUCUUUAUUACAACUUUUGCUUUCGAUGUGAGCCUUCUUGGUUGAGGGAAAAGCUUUGGUGUUUUGACCUUUUCAUUUUAAAGUAUGUAGUCCACAGGCUAUGUCUGUGGUGUAGGCCUAUGCCAAUAGUUAAUGUUCCAAAUAUAUUACUUAAAAUGAUUGCAUAGAAGAUGACUUAUGCUUUUCUGGCUGAAUUAUAAUGCUGAUUUGGUAUGUUCUUGUAAUGUACCAGUACUCUUUAGCUGGUAGUAAAGAUAGAACAUGUAAUUAGUCAUUUGUGGAAAAACAGUUGUUAAGUUCGUUAAUCUAAUUGUAGUUGAUUCAAUAUUUUUUCAUUAUGUUUAUUUAUCAUACCUAAUAAAGUUGAGAAUUAUUUCUAAUUGACAUGCGUAUGGUAUAAAGGUCAUUUGUUUCUUUGACUGAUGGUUAACAAGCAGGUUGUCAUGUGGCCAGCACAAUGACUACGCACCUAUACUUUCCUCAACUGAAGUCAGGUACCCAUUAGAGUUUGGUGGAUUAAGGGUGGCCUUAUAAUCCUUAAAUUAAAAAUCCAGUUUUCCCCAAGAUUUGAACCUGGGACCUCUCAGCCACCAUGCACCCCAAUUGACCUAAGGCAAAGUGUUUGUCAUUUGUCAACUGUGCUUUAAGAAAAAGGUCAUGCAAUGCUAAGUUAAAGCUGCAAUCAAUGAAGAGCUCAUACUGUAAAAGCUAAAUGGGAUAGAGCUCUAGCUCACAUACAUAGAUCUAGAGGUUUAUUAGAAUCACAAGCAACAAAAUAAUUGUGUAACUUGCUAGUUUGUUAACUCUAGAAGAGAAGCGAAAUGUUGAUUUGUUACUGUCUAUAGUUUAAAUAGUUAGGCCUAAAUGUAGAGGCAUGUUUUUAAGAAAAAAAAAUGUUCUAGUUCUAGAUGUCAUGUAUAAUAGUCUGUACUACACACCCACACCCCAAACAAUAUUCCAGAGUAAUAUUUACACCAAGUUACAAGAAAGUAACUAGGGGGAAUAUUUAUAAGGGGAUCUAUAUGCAUCUCAAAUAUUUAGUCCUUAUCAAUUCUAAAUCUGGACCUAUCUUGUAACCAUUAUGCAUACUUUACAUUAAUGAAUUUGUCUUAAGGCUAAGUUAAGGACAUACAAAUCAUAACUAACUUUUAAAAACAGCUUUUUUGUUUUAAAAGUUUAUUAAAAACAGCUUUUUGUUUUGAAAAGUACCUAAUUUUUUAAAAAUACAUUUUGUAGUUACAUUAAACAGCUAUAUUAAUUAUAUUAAAAUAAUAUAUUUAUUCAUUUGUAUGAAAGUUAGCAAGAUUCUUAGUUUCAACAAACAGGCUUUCAUAAUAUAGAUCUAGAUUUAUUACUUUUGAUUUUGCAUGAAAACGAUUUAAAAAAAAAAAUAGAAAGUUCACUUUUUUAGCACUGACCUAUCAAACAGCUGAACUUUUAGUUCUUUUCAAACAUUGGCUAGCUGUGUGGUGGUAUGUAAUAAUGGCCAGUUAUAUAUUAUAAUCCUGUUAUAAGAAACUGUAAUUUUUAUGGACUUUGCUUUGUUUGCAGCUAUUUUUUUUUAAUAAUAAAAUGAUUAUUAACUUUUUGAAAAGUAUUAUAAUGAAGUUUAUUUUUUUUUUAUUUCCACUGCAUUAUGUUUUGUAGUGAUGUUGUUGAGUGUAGUUGUCGAUGGUUUGAUUACACCAGUUUGUACAUAGUAUUAUUCAAGUCAAUUCAUCAAUAAACAUGAAUGGAACUACU